AUGAUUAACGCCACAGCCUCUGUCCAGGAGUUCAUCCUGCUGGGCUUCCCCACCGCCCCACCCCUCCACCUCGUCCUCUUCUGCCUGGUUCUGACCAACUAUCUGCUGACGCUUUCUGGGAACGGGGUCAUCAUUGGCAUCACCCUCUCUGAUCACCGGCUCCGCAGCCCCAUGUACUUCUUCCUGCGUAACUUUUCCUUUGUGGAGAUAUGGUUCACCUCUGUCACAGUGCCCAAGCUCUUGGCCAGCUUCCUCCAGGGCCCUCAGACGAUUUCCUUUGCUGGCUGCAUGAUCCAGUGCUACUUCUACUUCCUUCUGGGGGCCGCUGAGUUCCUGCUUUUGGGUGUCAUGUCUUUUGACCGCUACCAAGCCAUCUGCAACCCGCUCCGCUACCCAGCGCUCAUGACUGGGCGCUUCUGCUUGCAGCUGGUAUGUGGCUCCUGGGCCGCGGCUUUUGCAACCAUCCUGGGGCCGCUCAUUCUGGUGACUGGGCUGCCCUACUGUGGCCCCAACAUCAUCAACCACUUCUUCUGUGACCGGACACCACUGGUGGGGCUGUCUUGCUCGGGGACCCAUGAGGUUGAAGCUGUCAACUUGGUGCUGGCCGCGGUGCUGAUAUUGGGCUCACUGGUGUUGACAGGCAUCUCCUAUGGCUACAUUGUCCUGGCAGUGCUCCGCAUUCCCUCCCUGCAUGGGCGCCGCAAGGCCUUCUCUACUUGUGCUUCACACAUGGUAGUGGUGACCAUUGUCUACGGCAGCCACAUCUUCAUGCAUGUCCGCACCAGCCACACCUACCCAGAGCAGGUGGACAAGGUGGUGGCCCUGAUGACCAGUGUGGUGGCCCCAUCGCUCAACCCUUUCAUCUAUACCUUGCGUAAUGAGAAGGUCAAGGCAGCCCUGUGGGAUGUGGCACGGAGGACCAGGAUCUUAGCCACCAUGGGGAAAGCCGUAGAAGAAAUGGAGGAGAGAGCUUAGAUAAAGUGCAGUGGGGGAGGCCUUGGACUUGUGCAGGAAGGUGGAGGGAAAACUGGAAACAGUCUGGACACCUGGUUUCCAUCCUUGGCUUUAGGGGUGGGAAUGAGGAUUUUUGGGUUUAAAAAAUAGGGACUCACAGCCUGGACUCCUGGGAUCUAUCUUCAACUUUGGGAGGGAAGUAGCAUCCCAAGCUAAGAGCAGGAGAAACUGGGAGCCCAGAUUCCUGGGUCCUGUCUCAGCUCUGUGAAGACAUUUGGCCAUGAGUUGGACGGCAAGAAGACUGGAUUGUUGGGUCCUUGCCCAAGUUUAGGAGAGCAAAGGGAUCUAGAACUGUAGAGCCCAAACUCCAAAGUUUCUAGUCACCACCCUGGGAGAGGAGCUGCAUCUACCCGGACAGGCUCCAAAACUCCUGGGUUCAAUCCCUGGUUCUGGGAGAGGAGGGUAGGUUCGAGGGUUAAACCCAGGACUCCGUGACUGGUUCUCUAGCUUUUGGGGUUAAGUGGGGAGUAGUGGUUAGAGCAGAAGGAUGGGAGCCUGGACUCCAGGAUUUUCUCUCCAACACUGUGUAUGAGUCAGAGUAAAACUGAAUGCCUGCUUUGGAAGCUGUGAGCUAGAUCUUUAGCUCAUUCUGGGAUGUGAAAGGCCCCUUACAAAUGUAAGUUGUAUUGCUGCUUAGAC